AUCGGAUCAUCUUCUGUGUCUUUUUAGAAGUUGACUUCAAAAUCUACAAAAAGAAAAUGAGCGAGUAUUUCCCUGUAGAUGAUAGUAACGAAGAAGAAGAUGUUGACAUGAAAGAAGAUGCAGAGGGGUUAGAGCCAAAAGGCCUUUCUCCACUCCAUAAGAAGAGCAAAGCAAAGAAGCCAGAAUGUUCAAAAGACUCCAGUGAGGAUGAGAAUGGUCCAGAGGAAAAGCAAAGUGCGGAAGAAAUGGAUGGGCAGAGCCAAGAAGCAGGUGGGCUCAGAUUUCUUUUGAGGAGUCUCCUAGGCCUCAUCCACAGAGAUGGUCUCAACACCACCACUGUGUCCAGUCCAACUUCAGAAGAGGCAGUUGAAGUCUGUAAAGAUGAAGAUUCUGCAAAGGAUGACAAUAUUACAAAAGACAAUGAAGUAACAGAUCAUUCUGGGUGUGACCAAGAUCAUCCCAAUGGAGAAGAGACUGAUUCAAUGAAGAAUGAAAUGAAAAUGGAGACAGAGUCCCAGACCUCAUAUAUGGAAACAGAAGAGCUUUCAUCAAACCAAGAAGAUGCCACGAGUGUGGAGCAACCAGAAGUGACUCCACUAACCGAUGACCAAGAAGAAAAAGAAGGUGAAAAAGUUCAAAGCGAGGACACACCUAGAGUGCCUGUGAAAAGCGAAGACUCCAGUGAUACAGAAAAUGCUGCAAGUCCUGAUGUUGAAAUGAAUAGUCAGGUUGACAGUGUCAAUGAUACAACAGAGAAUCACCAGGAAGAUUAAUAGGGGCACAAGCUGAAGCAAAGGAUCAAAGAAAUGGCACUAAAUGACAGUCCUCCGCAUUUGCAAGAAAUGGCACUAAAUGACAGUUCUCCUUGUCAUUUAGGCCCUGGGCCCUUUGGGAAAAAUGGUGGCACUUGCUGUGGAGGAGGGUGGGGGUGGGGGGAAGGCAAGUCCCAGGAAGGAUGGAGAAUACUUUUCUCUAAUUUCUCCUGCUGCAUUUUGUUCUGCUUACCGGUGGAAAAAAGAAAGAAAGAAAAAAAAAAAAGGUAUUUCCUUUAAUUUGGCGGGAGGACCCACAUCAACACAUCUUUCAGGCACUAUCCUUGUAACUUCUGUCUCUUCUCUCACAACUUUGCUGCAGGGUCUCAGUGGCACUGUUUAAUACCCACAUGUGUAUCCGGGCCCCCGUCUGCUUUUUCAGUUAUUUCACAAAGCUGGUUGUACAGUGGUUUCUUUAAAGAAAGGAAAGGAAGACCAUUGUUGGAUAAGCUGCAAGCUAAAUAAGCUAAAUUUCAGGAAUCACCAACGUCCCAGUGUCAGUACAAUCCACAAGGAGACAGGACAGAAAAUAAGCAAAGCCCUCAGAAACCAUUUGUGCAAGGUCUGGAUGAUGAGUUGAAAAUAUUUUAUUCAGGGAUUCCAAAAGCAUAGUCUGUUCCAUGUGCUUUAUGAGGAACAUGGAAGUUGGGUUUAAUCCAGAGCAGAGAACAGAGGGAUAAUGAGGAAGGUGGUCCUUGGCAGCCAUCGGAAUCUCUUUCUUCAUAGCCAGGACACAGGUGCAUUCUUCUUUGACAUCGGCUUUAAACAGAGCUUAUGUGGUUUGUGAGGUUUUUGUCAUGCACUUCAGUGUGGAACCCACCAGUGAGAUGCACCUGUUUUGCUCCACAAAUGUAAGCAAUGACUUUCUAGGUGCUGCAGUUAAGAGCCAACAGAGGCAUUUAGAACCCAAACAUAUGCAUGUGGAUAAUACUGCAAGUUCCACUUGAAAUCUCUCUUUCUCUACAUGCUUUUCAUGAAAGAACAUCCUAUCUUCACACAAGGUUUGAUGGCCCACAAAGCAUUCUCAUUUCAGAUGAGAGGCAGUUAGAGUUCUUGCUAGCAGUUUUAACUUUCCUGUCUGGGUGUAAAUUUCUCAGGCCAAGUCCAAGGCAGACUUGAUGGUCCUCUCAUCUAGAAAUCAUUGAGUCUGUACCUGAAGAAACAACAAUUCUGACAACCCGAGAGGAUGAUGGUACCGUGAUCUCAAGGAAUGAAGAUCUGGAAGAGUCCAGGCCUCAUCACAAAUGUCCAACCAGAGCCAAGCUAAGGCCAAAUACCUGCUUCCCAUAUCCCACCAGGGUUCCACGGCCAGUCACUUGUUUUCUGUGGAAACUGACAUUUUUUGCAUAUCUUCUUAAAUCCAUUAUCCUGAUAAGGGCUUUAGAAUUGUAAGUCGUUUGCAUUAUUUCUCUUAAUAGAUGGAGAAAAGUAGUAGUUCAAAUGAAAUAGUUCCUAAAUUAAAAGGAUAUUCUGCUUUCUAAAUAUACCAUCAAAUUUCCUCUGGAAAAUUUACCUUCCUGUCCUUCUACAACUUUCAGCUUAGCCUUUCUGAAUUUAUUGCCCUUUCUAGAUUAUUUGGUAUUUUGAAAUAAUUAUUUGGUAUCUAGCUAUAUAAAUAAGUUAUAUAUGUAAAUGUUUUAACAUUUUUGAAAAAGCUACUCAGCAGCACAACAGUAGUGAUAGUGACUGUAUGAUGUUAGAAUAUGGCCAUUUCUCCUCCUGCCAUUUUCCUGCUUUGAUAUGGAAGCAUAGAUGUCCUCUACUGCCAUCAGAUGUAGCCUUCUACAAAGACACGGAAAAGUCUCAUUUUAAGUGAUAUAAGUGAUGAUGCCAUCCAAAUACUGAUGUUUCUGUAUUUCAUGUCAUCUUUAGAAUUUAGCUAAAAGUCACCAUCACUGAAGUGCUUGACAGAUACAAUCUGCUAGAACACAUUUUCUUCUAAUAGUUGGAUACUGGUGUUCCUCAACCAUAGUAGUGAGUUACAGUUGAAAACAAGAGGGUCGGGACCAGCAGUUAGCAUAAUGGCUAUGUCGCUGGACUCUCAUGUAGUUGACCACGGUUU